AUGGCUCCUAGAAAGUGCAACACUCUUACUCUUGCUAUGAAAGUUAAAGUGAUUGAGGCCUACACAAAAGAUAAGUUGUCUGUAAAACAAUGUGUUGAGAAAUUUAAGUGUGGCAAAACACAAAUUUAUGAAGCUAUCAAAAAUAAAGAGAAAAUCAUGGAAGAAUGGUUAGCUGGCAAUGGCGAAGUGAAGAGGAAAGCGAAGGCAACUGGAAAUGAAGAUUUAAACAAGCUCCUGUGGGAAUGGUUUGUAGCUGCACGCUCUAAAAAUGUACCAAUUUCUGGUCUUAUACUACAAACACAAGCCCUCGCACUAGCCAAAGAAUUAGGCAAAACAGAUUUUAAGGCAUCUAACGGCUGGUUGGAAAGUUUUAAAAGGAGGCAUUGCAUUGUAUGGAAUGAAAUAUGUGGAGAAGCAAAGGAUGUAGAUCAAGAAACUGUUAGCCAAUGGGAAGAAAAGCUCAAAAUGCUUAAGGAACCAUACGCUACAAAAGAUAUCUACAAUGGCGAUGAAACUGGCCUAUUCUUUAGGUUGCUACCUUCAAAAACUCUGGCUGUUAAACGUGAAAAAUGCACAGGAGGAAAGUUAUCCAAGGAAAGAUUGACGGUGUUCCUCUGUGGAAACAUGGAUGGGAGAUUGGAGAAGCCUCUUGUGAUUGGUAAGGCAGCAAAGCCACGUUGCUUCAAAAACAUAGACACUACACAGCUUCCCGUUAUUUGGCGUGCAAAUAAAAAAGCCUGGAUGACAGCAGAACUAAUGUCUGAAUGGCUCAAGAUUUUUGACAGAAAAAUGAAGAGAGAAGGUCAUAAAGUCAUCCUGUUUUUGGAUAACGCUACCUGCCAUCCACAUCUGAAACUUAGCAAUGUAAAAUUAGCCUGGUUCCCUGCAAACACAACAAGCGUAACACAGCCAAUGGACCAAGGUGUUAUCUACACGAUGAAGACACACUAUAGAAAAUUAUUGCUACAGUCCUUGGUUGCAAACAUUUCUACCACACAAAAUGUACACCAGCUUGUCAAGUCCAUAACAGUCCUUGAUGCUGUCAACUGGAUUUCUAUGGCAUGGAAGUCUAUUUCUGCUGAUACAAUUUGCAAGUGCUUUGUAAAAGCUGGUUUCUCUAAUUCAAACAGGAACGAUAAUGAAGAAUUGCCAGAAAUAAUACAGGUGACUGUAGAAGAAAACAAUGAUAUUCGUUCAUUAUUCCAGCAAGGAGGUCUUGUUGACAGUGAAAUAGACCGUUACAUUGACAUAGACAAAGAACUUGCGACAGAAAGCACAUUUACAAAUGCUGUGGAACUUAUAGAUCAACAACAAGAUAGUGAUGAGAACAUGGAUGACGAUCAAAGUGCUGAAACCACAGAAAUUCCCAGUGAGCCAGCAAUCAAAAGCUACCAAGAUGCUCUAGAGAUAGUUCACCAGUUGCAAGAGUUUGCAUUAUUUAAUAACUGCCCGGAGCUUCUAGAACCAAUAACAUCCACUAGACAUUUAAUUGAAAAAAGGAUAACCAAUGCCCCAAGAAAACAAGCAACAUUAUUGGCACUGUGGGGACAAGAAAACCAAUAA